AACGAUCCAAUUGGAAUUGUUCCUCUAAUUCUAGGGUUUUACGGGGGAAUAGAGAAACGUGAGCCCCAAAUCUAUACACUCUCACGCAGUCAUGGCCAGUCCCAACAUUCCAUGUUCACACUCCCUACUCGCUUGACAAUGGAAAUUGAAAACCCAAACCCCUCUGUAGAUCCUAAACCUCAAGAAGAAGAACAGCAGCCAAAUAAUAAGAAGCUAAAAAUGUCCACUACCACUUCUGACGACGAUGAAAAAUUCGACAAUGGUCCCGCCGCCGAUGAAGGUGCCGUACUUCCAAAAAAACCCAGACACAAGCGCCGCAAAAUAGCAAUUUUCUUCGCUUAUUGCGGCGUGGGUUACCAGGGUAUGCAAAAAAAUCCUGGCGCCAAAACCAUCGAAGGUGACCUUGAGGAGGCCCUUUAUCAUUCGGGUGCUGUUCCCGAACAGCAGAGGGGACUGCCUAGAAGGUUUGACUUUUCCCGCUCCGCUCGAACAGAUAAAGGCGUCAGCGCCGUUGGCCAAGUGGUUUCGGGAAGGUUCUAUGUCGACCCGCCAGGGUUUAUCGAGCGUUUGAACUCAAAUUUGUCUCCUCAGAUUCGAGUCUUCGGGUUCAAACGUGUUACGGGGGCGUUUAAUGCUAAGAAGUUCUGUGAUAAGCGUAGGUAUGUUUAUUUGCUUCCAGUCUUUGCUCUUGAUCCAUCUUGUCAUCGAGAUAGGGAGAGUGUUUUAGCUAGUGUGGGGUCUGAGAAUGAGCUCGUUAAAUGUUUGGAGUGUUCGGAAAGAGGUCGUAAAGUUUUUGGAGUAAUGGGUAAACAAAAUUUCCAUUCAAAUUCUGAUAUUCAAGUUGUUUCGGUUGAUUCAAGCAUUUCAUCGAACACAAGUUCUUUAUUUGAAUUGGAAAAUGAAGAGAAGGUAGUUAAUAAAACUUCAGAAAAUAGAUAUGGCAAUGACAAUAUUAAGUUAAAUAUUAAAACAGUGAAAGAAUUGGAUAGUGGGGCUGCCCAAAGUGAUAAAAUUGAGGAAGAUACUGCUGCCGGUGGAAACGUGGAUGGAAACACAAAACCAGAGAGAAGGUGCAAGAUUUCGUAUGGAGAGCGGGAGAGGGAGAGGUUUAAUAGAAUUUUGAAGUUAUAUGAAGGAACACACAAUUUUCACAAUUUUACUACAAGAACAAAAGCUGAGGAUCCCUCUGCAAAGAGAUAUAUUAUUUCGUUUAAUGCAAACACUACUGUUAAUGUAGAGGGUAUUGAGUUUGUGAAGUGUGAGGUGAUCGGGCAAAGCUUCAUGCUCCAUCAGAUUCGGAAAAUGAUUGGCCUCGCAGUUGCAAUUAUGAGGAAUAUUUCUCCUGAAUCUUUGAUUGAAACAGCUUUUGAACCGAAUGUGAACAUUAACGUGCCGAUGGCACCUGAGGUUGGAUUGUAUUUGGAUGAAUGCUUUUUUUCCUCAUAUAAUCAGAAAUGGAAAGACAGCCACGAAGAAAUGUCCAUGAAAGCUUAUGCAGAGGAA